AGAGAGAAGCAGGGCAGAAAACACAACAAGUGACUGAACUGUUGCUCUGCUAAUAAACUGACCGUGCGCCUGCAUUUAAGCACAGCCAAAGUCUGGAAAAGUGACUUGUCAGAGCCCGUAAAGCACUUCUAUGUCUGUUUAAAGAACUAUACACAAUUUUCCUCUGUCUGUUUCGGACCGUUUUCGAGUUUGGAUUCAGAGUGAAUCCUUCUGGCGAGAUGGUUAAAGUUGAAAUUGGACCGUAAAGCUGAGUUUGGACCGUAACUUCCCACCGAUGCGCCAGGAGAGGCGCGCAGUUUUCCUCAGGAUUUCUUUCCGCCUGGUUUGGAGCAGAAGCGACGUUUUUCAUCGGAAACCUGCAGAAUGAACACACACCGAACUCCGGGCUGAAAAUACCGGGAGAGGAAAAAAAAAAGGAUAUAAAGGAAGUUCUGACAGACAAGCGAAACGCCUCUCCCUGAAUGCAGAGGGUGAGAUGAACUCCAGUGGGAAUUCUGAAGACCCCACCUGACAGCUCCUCUCUGUCUGAGAAACUGAAGGAUUUUUCCUUGGAUCUUCCACAACCGUAGAUUUGGAAAAAAAAAAAUUAACCCUUGAGGUUAACAUCUUUGCAGCUGUGAACCUUCUACAAAAUAGUUAAAAAUAUUCCCUCCUUACGUGAUGUAUCCCUUUAGAUUAGAUAAAAGUUACCAGAUCAUGUGAAAAGAUAUAUUAAAAAAAGGAUCGACAAAUGGGGAAUCUGUCAUUCCCCUCCCUCUGAACACUGAUAUUCCUUUACUCACCUGUAACUGUUAGAAAACCUGAAAAGACAUUGUUUUUUUUUUUAUAUCUCUAUCAGACAAAAAUCAACAAUUCUCUCUGACACUUUCCACUUUGAAUAGCUUUCUGCCCAGAGGUCAGCCUGGCCGGCACAACCAUUCCCGCCAAAGGGGAGGAGGACUUCCUCACACUGGCUGCCUCACGGCUCAGCCGCAAGAAACGCGUCAUUGGGGCUGGAGUCGGCGUGGCCAUGGUCCUGGUCCUGCUUGUGGCCAUUCCCUUAUUGGUACAUACCACAAAGGGGGCAGGAUCCGGAGCUGGUGGCACACAUUAUGAGAUGCUAGGGAGCUGCAAGAUGGUGUGUGACACUUUGAGCCCCCCUCAGGGAGAGCUGACUGCAGUCUCCCCACAGCCCCCAGACCUCACAAACCGGAGGGGCAAACAAGGGUUUAGAGGAAGCCCUGGACUUCCUGGUCCCCCAGGCCCCAAAGGUCCACCUGGGGAGCCUGGUAAGCCUGGUCCGCCUGGUCCACCGGGUCCUGGUCCAGGUGGAUAUGGGUCCUCAGUCUACACUCCUAAAAUCGCCUUCUAUGCCGGUCUCCGGAAGCAGCAUGAGGGGAGCGAAAUACUAAAGUUUGAUGAUGUGGUAACCAAUGUGGGGAACUACUAUGAGCCGAGCACAGGCAAGUUCACCUGUCCUCUGCCGGGGAUCUACUACUUCACCUACCAUGUUCUGAUGAGAGGGGGUGAUGGGACAAGCAUGUGGGCUGACCUAAAGAAGAACGGACAGGUAAGAGCAAGUGCAAUCGCUCAAGAUGCAGAUCAGAACUAUGACUACGCCUCCAACAGCGUCAUCCUGCACCUGGACGUCGGUGACGAAGUGUGUGUUCAGCUGGACGGUGGCAAAGUUCAUGGAGGAAACACCAACAAAUACAGCACCUUCUCUGGCUUCCUAAUCUAUCCUGAUUGACCUUGUAAUCCCCCCCCCAAACUCAUCUCCCCUUUCUCUAUGAUCGAGCAAAAUAUUUCCUCCUGCCUCAUCUAACAUGUCCUGAUGUCCAUUUUUCAUCUCUUCGUAUAAUACAUGUAGUGACCUAACAGAGUAAAAGUCUGCAUUAAAAGUAUAUAAUGUACAUAUUACCAGUUAAGAUUAACUCAUGAUCAAAACACUUUUGCGAUCUUUAAUCAAUGCCAUGUGCAAAGUCAUUGCUAAAAUACAUAACUCAUACCUUCUUUCACUCAUUUUGCUAUUUACACCUUAUUAAACUUCAGAUUUUGCUCAAAGAAAAAAUGACCGAAACUAUAUCUGAAUGUAGACUGUCAAUCUGGGCGGAGGUUAUUCGCUGCAUCCUCUUGCCCUCACUGUGAGAUAGAUUUCCAUUACUGCUCUGGACAUCAAACAAGAAAAAGGCAUGAAUAUAUUGAUUGCAGAUGAUAACUCAGCACACCUCAAGAUUAUAACGCUGUGUUGUAUGUCUGUGUUAAUACCUGUGUGGAAGCAUAUGAGUGUGUUCUGCCCUUUAGUUUUGUGGAAGUAUAAAAGCAUCUCGUUGUUGUUAUUUGCAAAGAAAAGGGAUGGAGUAAAGCUAUUGGUAACAGUCCCUUAGCACACACAGUUUAUCAAUACUGAUGGUUUAGCUUCCAGAUUGAUUUCUGAGCUUUGGAGCAUCAUCAUGUUGUGGUAACAAGGUGAGAUUUCAUCAGGAGUCCAUGCUCAGUUACACAUUACCUUUACAUCAAGAGUUUGCUGUAUUGAUCAAAGUACAGAGGCUUAGGAAAUGUGCGUGUUUAUUUUUUUCUCAAUAAGAUAAAAAAGGUUGAUAAUUGUAGUGGUUUUAAUAGAAAAUAUGCUAUUUCUGAAACACAUUGAACUUCCUCUAAACUUAAAUAUAUAUUAGAUUUAAUUCAACAGUAGACACUGGGGUUUAAAACUAAAGGAAUGUCUCAAAUGAUUUGAAGCAUUUGUUUAGUUUAGAAAUAUGGAUAUCAAAGCUUACCUGAUUAAAUAUAAUUUUUGUUUUGUUUAAAAAAAACUUUUAAUUUUAUGAGAAAAAACACUUUCAAAACCCAUAGCUUGACAAUGAGAAGUACUUUCCUCUUGUAUUAAUGUACUGUAAUAGGUGGUUGUGCUAUCCUUGAAGGCAGCAACUGCUAAAAGGUUCCAAACCAAGAAACUCUGCACAUUUUACAGUAAACAAUCUGUUGCCAAUACUGCAAAUAAGCAUUGGUAUUAAACAUCACUGUGGAAGAAUUUGAUGGCUGUUAUCUGUGCUGUAUUCUUUUAACUUGGUUUUUAAGCCUGAGCAACCUUUCUUAGGUAUUUUCAACCAAGUUUAGUUCCAGGCCAAUUCAAGUCUUUCACUGCAGGAACUGCACGUUUGCUUCGGAUCUUUGAAAUGGAAUAUAACCGAAGUGUGCUUAAGAACACUAGAUAAACAGAUAUUAUAACCUUGGACUAUUUGGUAGAGAGAAAGAGAAAAAAACAUGGUUAUAUUGAUCACUGAAAGUUGUCUGUAGCUAAGAUAUUUCAGUGCAUCACAUUACUGCUAUCAUGCUUGGCUUUUGGUGGAUGUUGUUUUGCUGAAAUAUCAUGUGAGUUUUAUUCCUUAUAUAACUGGACACACAGCAACAUUCCACUGCUGUCUAGUCUUUUCCCAACGUAUUUAUCCACAAGUCUUGGGGAUCAUUAAGAUCUGUUUGGAAAAUGUGAAAGAGACCUUUUCCUCAGUUUUGCUCACCAAUAAGAUUUUUUCUUUUUUAACUCUCAUGUGGAAGCUAUUUAUGAACAGCUUCUUUCUUGUUACUGAAUCAGGCCUGUUGCGCUUUAGAUGACAUGGAUUCUUUCUACAUCCUUGAUAAACAACCGAUUUUCUCCAGGAGCAACUUUGGUGGUUGGUUUACCAAUGUUCAAUGUUCUCUAAUUUAUCUUUGUCCAAUAAUGAAAAACGGGAAACAAAGGAGCUUGCUGAAGUUCAGGAAGUAGUGGGCAUACAGUGGGUAAAAUAAGUAGUGAACAUGCCACCAUUUUUCUCAGCAAAUAUGUUUUUAGAGGUGCUAUUGAUGCAACAUUUUCACCAGAUGCCAUUAACAAUCCAUGCAGUCCACACAUAAAAAGAAAUCAAAUCAUAGAUGUCCAGAAAUUAAGUUAUGUGUAAUAAUGUCAAAAGGCACAGGGAAAACGUAUUGAACACCUGAAGAAAGAGAGGUGCAAAACGGCAUGGAAAUCCAAGACACCAGCCGAAAUCUUUCAUUAAUUAGAAAGAAAUCCUGCCCCUUGUCAGUGCAAAUUAAUAUCAGCUGGUUCAGCGCACAUGAUGGCCUAUAAAAAGGUGUCGCUGGUAUAACACAAGAACCAUCUCAUUAUGGGUAAAAGUAAAGAGCUUUCUCAAGACCUUCACAACCUUAAUGAUGGCCUUGGUUACAGAAGGAUUUCUAAACUUCUGAAAAUUCCAGUGAGCAUUGUUGGGGCCAUAAUCCGGAAGUGGAAAAAACAUAAUUUCACCAUAAAGCAACUACGAUCUGGUGCUGCUCACAACAUUUCUGAGGGAGGAGGGAAAAUAACUCUCACAAGAGUUGUCUAAGAGCCAAAGACUACUUGUGGAGAGUUUCAGAAAGACCUGGAAUUAGCAGAUACAAAUGUUUCAAAGAAAACUUUAAGUAAUGCACUCAACCGCCAUGGCCUGUAUACACGCUCACCGCUCAAGACUCCAUUGCUAAAGAAAGAGCAUGUUGAAGCUUUUUUAAAGUUUGCUGCACAACAUUUAGACAAACCUGUACUAGGAGUUUAUAGUCUGGCCAAAUGAGACCAAAAUGUAACUCUUUGGAUGCCAUAAUACACAUCUUGUUUGGAGGUCAAAUGGCACUGCACAUCACCCCAAAAACACCAUAUUAACAGUGAUGUUUGGAGGUGGGAACGUCAUGAUCUGGGGCUGUUUUUCAGCAUAUGGUACUUAAAAAACUUCAAAUAAUUGAAGGAAGGAUGAAUGGAAAAAUGUGCAGAGACAUUGUUGAUAAAAAUCUGCUGCCAUCUACCAGGAUAAUGAAGAUGAAACAUGAGUGAAGAUUUCAGCAAUACAAUGACCCUAAACACACAACCAAGGAAACUUUCAAAUGGUUUCAGAGAAGGAAAGUAAAGCUGCUAGAACGGCCCAGCCAAUCACCUGACUUGAAUCCAAUAGAAAAUAGAAAGCCUAUGGAAAGAACUAAAGAUCAUUGAAGUUCAUUGAAGAUGCCCAUAAAAUCUUCAAGAUUUGAAGACUAUUUAUGAAGAAGAAUGUGCCAAAAUCACACCUGACAAUGCGUGCAACUCAUUUCAUACAUUCAUACAGGAGGCAUCUUGAAGCUGUCAUUGCCAACAAAGGCUUUUGUAUUAAAUAGAUUUCCGUAAGUGUGUUCGAUUCUCAUUUCCCUGUGCCAUUUCACUUCAUUACACAUAACUUAAUUUCUUCACAUUUAUGGUUUGAUUUCUUUGUAUGGAUGGAUUGCAUGAAUUGUUAUCUGGUCAAAAUGUUAUGUCAAUUGCACCUGUAGAAACAUAUUAACUGAGAAGAAUGUAGGCUUGUUCGAUACCUGUCUUACCUCCUGUAUAGCCCAGUCAUCAAGAAUGGGGGGUUACCGUUUCAAACAGCACUAGAUCAGUUUAGGUAGCUUUUUUUCUUCAAAAAUAAAGGUGUAUUUAAAGCUUGCUUUUUUUUUUUUAAGGUUAUUUUGCCUGCAAUUGAAAUUUGUUUGUCUUUUCAUCUGGUCCCAUAUUCAGAGGUAACCAAUAGCAAGUCAUUUCAACUUGCUUCCAGAUUAGGCAAAAAUUUUAACUCCAGAUGCUUUUCCUGACAAACUUUUCGUAAAUAUUUAAACAGAUUACCUUCCAUCUAAUUCCACAAAAACGAGUGUUCCAAUUAGAUUGUAAUGUUUCUCUUUGCAUAACAACUGGUUUAUUGGUAAAGAUAGAUAGAUACAGGGAAUUCAUGAAAAGCAAACUCUGUGGGAGGACAUCAACCAAAUUAAACAAGCUUCUGGAGAUUACUAAAGGCUAUCCUUCUACAAGACCUAAACAUAUAGUGUGAAUGGGGUCUUUUGGCCUUUAUUCACCACUACCAAGGCCAUAAACAAGAAAACGGACUGCAUGCUGCAUGUUUUUUUUUUCAGCCAUAAAUCGUGCAAAACAACACAGAUACACACAAAGCUGAAAAGAAACAUAAUCUUCUUGAAAACACUUUUCUUGGAGGUUCUUCAAAGAGUGGUGGUUACUCGAAGCAAGAGAUAAGAGCUGAAAAGACUGAAACCUCUCUUCUUCAGCUCUGCACAACAAGAUGGUUAGAGUGAGACGGGGAUGAGCCUUUUCUUUAAAAUGUAUUUCUUCAUUAUUCCGUUGUAAAUAGUCACAUUUUGAAAAGACUUUCUUUCCAAAAAUGCAGGUGACUGUUGUCGACUGUUACCACCAUUAACCAUACAUGUAUGUUCUCUGUGCCUUACAUAUAUAUUUCCUUUUAUACAUGUUUUUUUUUUCCUCUCUUAAAACAAAAAAAAUAUGCUGAAGCUGAUCCAUAGAAAUCAACCCAGAACAGAGCGGAAGUUCAUAUUUUAAGCAGAAGCCGUACGUGUGAAAAUUUAGCAAAAAAAUUUACUGUGAAAUUCUAUAUUCAACUAGAUGGGAAAAAAAAAAACCUUGUAAGCUGAGAAAAUGAUGGUAAUGAUUUAGGUGAAAAAAAACACAUAGUAUAUUGAUUCAUAUAUUUCUGCAUCCCCCAAAAAAGUGGAUUUAACUCCUACAAAUCUGUGAUUAAAUAAGUUGUGUCUAUUACUUGUAAAUUUAGUGAAAAGAAGAGUUUAUCUUUAUGCCUGAUAUAAAUCUUAUACUAUAAAUGUAUCGUACAUUUUUUUGUCUCAAAUUAAAAGGUUGCAGCAUGACUCAACUCUUAUGAUAUAUAGGGUGAAAUAAUCUGUUUAUAAUUUCUGUGCUGUGAUCGAAAAACUUGAUUGAUCUCAUGUUGAAUAUUUUACAGAGACAUUUCUCCUCCUGGUGGCUUUCGCAUCACCUCAAUGACAUGCUACAUUUCUCUGAGUGUGUUCUUUCAGGAACUGUUACCUUUGAUUGGGAGACAUUUGGACUAUGGUCAGUGUGUGCAUUUGCAAGCUGAGUUGUGUGUUUUACUUUGUUGUGAGCUGCAGUGUUAUUCCCCCUGAAAGACAAAGAAUACAAUAUAAAAUAAAAUAAAAAAGAAAAUUCUGAUUUUUUUCAUUCAAAGUAAAGACAACAAAUGUUUUCCCUUGUUUUAUUACAUACUUGUCAUGUUAUUUCUGGGGAGA